CCGAGGGGAAGGGCCCGCCGCCCCGCCUCGCAAGAUGGCGGAGCGAGGCUGAGGAGAGGCCCGGGAGAGGCCCAGGGGAGGCCCAGGGGAGGCCCAGGGGAGGCCCAGGGGAGGCCCAGGGGAGGCCCAGGAGAGGCCGGGAACGCCGGGACCGACGGAACCACAUCAAGACCUGCCCGGAACCAAAAUGCAGUAUUCCCACCAUUGCGAGCAUCUUCUGGAGAGACUGAACAAACAACGAGAGGCAGGUUUCCUCUGUGACUGCACCGUAGUCAUCGGCGACUUCCAGUUUAAAGCUCACCGGAAUGUCCUUGCUUCUUUCAGUGAGUAUUUUGGUGCUAUCUACAGAGACACUUCUGAAAACGAUAUUUUUCUGGAUCAAAGUCAGGUGAAGGCCGACGGAUUUCAAAAACUGUUGGAGUUCAUUUACACGGGAAAUUUAAACCUCGACAGUUGGAAUGUUAAAGAGAUCCAUCAGGCUGCUGACUAUCUCAAAGUGGAGGAGGUGGUUACUAAAUGUAAAAUAAAGAUGGAAGACUUUGCUUUUAUUGCUAAUCCCUCUUCUACAGAGAUAUCUAGUAUUACUGGGAAUAUCGAGUUGAACCAACAGACUUGUCUCCUCACCCUUCGAGAUUAUAACAACCGGGAAAAAUCGGAAGCCGCUUCUCCGGCCGCCGUUCAGACGCACUCAAAAAAAGCGGCUUUAGAGAAGAAGGCCCCUCCCGCUAAAAAGAGGAAGAAGACUUUUAACGCCCAGAAAAGCACGCAGAGUAAAACGGUGCAGUACCCGAGUGAUAUCUUAGAUAAUCCGUCGGUUGAAAUGUUCCUAGAUGCGAAUAAAUCGGCUUCGCGAGAAGCCGACCGAGCUCCCCCGGGAGAUGAUCGUCCCGAUUUUCAGUUGGCCCCGGUGGUGGAAGACGACGCGUUUUCAACUCAAGAUAUCAUUGUGCAGACUAUCACGGUGAAACAGAAAAAGGGGAAAUCUCAGUCCGGCUGUACCUUGAAAGAACACUGCAUGUCUCACGUAGCCAGUGCCAAGAGUCCUUACGAGCUGGAGAGCCUAGGAGAAGAAGAUCAGCAGUACCCUAAGGCCAAGCCGGUGUGCAACACUUGCGGGAAAGUGUUUUCGGAGGCCAGCAGUCUCCGGCGACACAUGAGGAUUCACAAAGGAGUCAAACCUUACGUCUGUCAACUGUGCGGAAAGGCGUUUACCCAGUGUAACCAGCUGAAAACUCACGUCCGAACCCACACGGGUGAAAAGCCAUACAAAUGCGAACUCUGCGACAAAGGCUUUGCUCAGAAAUGUCAGCUGGUUUUCCACAGUCGCAUGCAUCACGGGGAGGAGAAACCAUAUAAAUGUGAUGUGUGUAAUCUGCAGUUUGCAACUUCUAGCAAUCUGAAGAUCCAUUCCAGGAAACACAGUGGAGAGAAGCCAUAUGUCUGUGAUAGGUGUGGACAGAGAUUUGCUCAGGCGAGCACACUGACCUAUCACGUCCGCCGCCAUACGGGAGAAAAACCUUACGUAUGCGAUACCUGUGGGAAGGCAUUUGCGGUCUCUAGUUCUCUUAUAACUCACUCCAGAAAGCAUACAGGUGAAAAACCAUACAUAUGUGGUAUUUGUGGGAAAAGUUUUAUUUCCUCAGGAGAGCUCAACAAACACUUUCGAUCCCAUACAGGUGAAAGACCGUUUAUCUGUGAAUUGUGUGGAAAUUCCUACACGGAUAUAAAAAAUUUAAAGAAGCACAAAACAAAGGUUCAUACUGGGUCAGAAAAAAUUCAGGAUUCCAACUUGGCGGAUGGUACUUUCGACGGGCGGGAUUCCCUGCAAAAGAGCCCUUUGUCGGAACCUGCGGAUGUGAAACCUUCCGAUAUGACUCUACCGCUGACUCUUCCCCUGGGGCCCGAAGACCAUCAGAUGCUACUGCCGGUCACCGACAGUCAAUCCCCUUCGUCGGAAACGUUGUUGAGGUCAACCGUGAAUGGAUAUUCAGAGCCUCAGUUUAUUUUUUUGCAGCAGUUAUACUGACUCCUUGGGGAAUAUGGACUUACUAAGGCAAAUUCUGCUAAUAAACAUAAAUAUAUCUGGUAAGGAAAAUAUAAUCAUGCCAAAUAAUUCAUAAAAUUAGAAUUACUUUUUUCAUUCAGCCGAGUAAAAGCGCCCGAUGAUGCAUCUCCUGAAGUGCGGCUUUUGUUGGUUUGUUUGGUUUCUUUUUUUGUUUUUGGUUUGUUUUUCUUUCAAGUCUGGGCUGUACCCAGUUUAUCUUGGAAUGUACUUAAAGAUUAGAGAAAAACCAGUAAUGUUUUCAAUGAUAAAUUCCUUUUAAUUCCUGUAUUUUAGAACCACCUACGAUGUUUUGGCAGAAUUUGGGUCAUAUUAUCAUGUGAGGCAAUUUUCCCCUCAUUUUCCAUUUUUGCGUAAAUAAAAAUCUGCAUCAGCACA